AUGUCAAUGAAUCACGAUCUCAUAGUUGAAUGGAUCAGAUCCUUUAGCUGCAUAGAGGAAUCUGAUUGCAAGACCUUCGAAUCACUAAGCUCCGGCUUUGCUUUUGCAAAAUUAUACAAUUUUGCAACUGAUGGAAAAUUUGAUAUGAACUCACUUCUUCAGCUUAAGAAAGAAGAUGACUGGCUUACUUCCAUGAAAAAUAUCCGUCAAUUAGCAAAAGAAUUCGAACCAGCAUUCGCAGACAAAGGAAUUAAAAUUUCAAUCGAAGCUACACAAGUUGCAAGGAGAUCAAAACCAGAAGCAUUACCUAACUUGGUAAUGGCUGUGAUCUGCUUCAUGUUUGAUUCGCCUCAUAAAAAAGAAGUCAGCGAAAUUACCAAGAAAUGCUCAGAAGCAUGCCAGAAUGAAAUCAAAUCAAUUCUCAUAGCAAAUAAAGUCAAUACUGCAGGUUCAGAGCCGAAAGAAGCCGAACCAGAACGCCCUGCCCCUGUAGCUGAAACAAAGCCAGUUGAAGAGAAACCACAAGCUGCUUCCACAACAACAUCAUCCGCUGCUACGCGUACAGCUAUCAGAAGACUCGAAGUAAAGAACCGUUCUUUGAAUUCUGAACUUGAAAAAUUGCAAGCAGAACUCAAAGAGAUUCAAAACUCGAAAUCAGAAUCUGUAUCAUUACCACCAGAAGUUUUAUCAGUUAAAAACGAUUUAGAAACAGCAAAAGAAGAAAAUACGAAAUUACAGAAAGAAUUAGCAGAAUUCCCAGACAUCCCAGACUCGGAUAAAAUAGCUUUACAAAAUGAAAUUACAUCAUUACAGCAAAAACUUGCAAAAAUAAAUGAAGAUUCGAAUGCUGCUUUAUCUCCUGAAAAACUAUCCGAAAUGAAUGACCCAGACGUACAGAACUUGCUCAAGCAGAUCAAAGAAGCAGAAGAUAUUCUCAAACCAGAAUAUGAAAACGAAUUAAGAGCAAAAGUCGAUAAAUUCAAAGAAGUAGCCACAAAAAUGAAGAAAUCUGUCAAGAGCAAGCAGAAAGAAAUCGGAGAUACUAAGCCAGAAGCAGAAAGUGGCGAAUCAGGAGAAUUAGAAUCCCAAAUUUCGGAAAUCACAGCUCGUAAUAAUAAGAUAAAUACAGAAAUAGUAGAAAUAAUGGCAAAAUUAGACGCUAUAGAGAAAAAUAAAACAAAGAAUUCUUUCCUCGAGCACUUGAGAACUUCAGAUGCAUUCCUUUCUAUUCACUAA